UUAAUGCGCGACUAACAUACCACGCGUCACGCGUGAAGAUUUGCGACCGUAGUAUUUUGUCGUCGUUGGCAACUGACAGUAAACAAAACAAAUGCCAUUUACGGCUGCGGAGGAGUACUGGAGUACGGUAACAUUUUCCAGCAGUAACUACUGAGUAGCGUGUGCCACUGGAAUUCAUUCCGAUUAACUGGCUAAAUUUUUUGUUAGUCUAAUAAAUAGAACCAAAAAUGCAGUACGGAUCUGGCGAAUACGACGUACGUCGGGCAUUGGAAUCGUACCCAGCUCCAAGAGUUCGCCCCGAAGCAGUUGAAAUCGCUGAUCGACACAGGGGAAUGGGCAUGAAAACCUGUAUGGAUAUGCCAAAAAGAUCUACGUUUGGAAGACAACAAGCUCAAUCCAUGAAUGUAACGCAAACAAAUGGGCCCAUGCGUCAUAUGGGAAUUCGUUCUCCUAUUCUCGUUGAUCCAACUUAUAAUGGAGGAAAGUAUUCGAAUCGUUCUGUAAGACCUGUUCCUAGAGUAAAACCAGAAGCCCAAGAUGUUGCAAUCAAAGCAAAAGGAAGCAUGGAUGUUGUCAUGGGUCAAUAUGGAAAACCAGAUCCUGUGUAUUAUGGUGAAUCUAGAGGUGCGGAGAAUAUAAAUCCAAAAGAAGGACCAUUGAGAAAAGCUGGAGUAAAAGGACCAAUUCUGGUUGAUCCAAUUUAUAACAAAGGUCAAUACACAGGAAGGAGUCCCAAACCAGUUCCGAGAGUUAAAUCAGAAGCUAGUGAAAUAGCAGAGAAACAUAAAGGUUGCAUCCAAAAUUUACUAAAAACACCAGAUGUUCGCCAGUUUACACAAGCUAAACCAAAAAAACAACCGGUUGACCAUGGAGAGGCAAACGUACGACGAAUGAGACAAAUUCAGAAACAAUCAAGGAACAAGGAAAAAGAAAAAGAACAAAAUAAACCAACCCCGGUAAAAGCAUUGUGGAAAUCAACGAGAUAUGAAAGUGUCGAAUCUAAAGUUAAAACAACAUUUGAGCCAACGCCAAGAGCUCCAAGAGGUGUGCCACCACGACCUGGUUCCGCCCCUCCAAGUUAUGACAGACCAAGUUCAGCACCAGCUGGUGGACGUCAAAAUGCAGAAAGACAUACCGGACAAAGGGCCCGAUAUUCAGAAACACCAUUGACACCAAAACGGCAAGCAGAACGCAGAGCAGAAGACUUCAUUGCAAGGAAUGCAAGAUUAGCGAAAUCAUAUAAACCUCAGCGUUCUAAGUCUCAAAUGGAAGUCGAUAGAUCUCAAGAAAAGUAUUAUGAUGGAAUAAAGAAAUAUAAUAACACUGUGAAAGGAUCAUCUCCUUCAUACUUACAAGCAAGACAAAGGGAAUGGGCUCGAGCAGAACAAAAUAGAAUCAGAAAUAUUCCUGACCCAACUGUACCAGAUGGACAUACAGUGUUGCCAGAUAGAGACAGAAAAGACACAUUAAAUAUUUUAAGACAAAGUCAACUCGACUUACUACAGGAAUACAGAUUCCUGCCAGUACGUUCAGCCGACUCUUUUGGAGUACGUCAGCGGAAGACUGAGUUAGAACGAAGAAUAGCAGAAGUUGAUGAAGCAGUUCGUGUGUUUGAGAGACCGAGAGUAUUUGUAAAAAUGGAUGAGUGAAUUGCAAUAUCAUAAUAAUAAGCGAUUCUAUUCAAAUAUUGCAACAUAAAUGAAUUAGCAAUGUUGUUAUUUGUUGCACAAUGAUUCAGUAUGUGAAGGGUGUUUGUGGAUUGAUUACUCUUAUCACUUUUGAGUAAUGUAGUUUGGAUUUAAGCAUAGUUACCCUAGUUUCGAUUACAGCUAUUUUUGAUUGAAAUAUUAGAAUUUCAGUCUCACUUAGGGUAGUAAAUUGAAUAUAGAUGUAUCUGUAAUAAAACAAGAUAACAGGGAUUGUGCCAAAGAAACUAUUUCUGUACGUUAUUUUUGCACCAUUUCAUUUACUAUUCUAUACACUGUAAUUAAUCACUUUAUAUACUGCAAUUCGUUAAAUUUAUAUUUUUAGAUUUAAAUUUUUCUGUAUAUACAUUUGUAAAAAAUCUGUUUGAAAUAACUGUUGUUGAAAUUUUUAUACUAUGUUAUUUAGUUCAUUUUACUCAAUUUUUUUAAUAUGUUAUCAUGCAUUGUAAUUGAAUAAUCGAAUAAGUUAAGCUCAGAAAUAUAUGAGAUUUGUAAAGAUAUCACAUACAAUAUUUAUGCUAUAAUAUGAGGUAAUUACUAGACGUAAAAGUAGAACAAUCAUUGGUUAGUAUUAAAGAAUGAUUUUCCAUUACUACAAAGUAAUAAAUACACAAUAUGCA